GGACACUUGUACCGAAAAAUAAAUAUAAAAUAUUAAAUAUUAACGAAAGAAUUUAUUUGUUUCACGUAAAUAAAUUGAAUAUUGUGAUACAAAAAAUAGCAUUGUCAAUUCAAAUGCAGGAGCUUAUUUGAAUAAACUGUCAAACAAAAUUAUUCUGCUCGCAUUCUCUCAAAAACUGUAAACGAACUUCUUCAAAAUGACUGAUGAGCUCAAACAAAAUCGUCAAAACCUGACCCAAACCUAUCUAACUCGUCAGCGUGAGUUAAUAAAACAACAGAGAAAGUACAAGAAAAUUAUAACUACCAAAUACAUAAGUCGUAAGGAUUCAAUCGGUCAAGCAAGCUAUCUGAAGAACAUUGAACAUUUGAAAGCAGAAAAGGCCGAUAUAAGAGCUCAAUUAUGGGUAGCCAAUGGUCCUACUCAUCUUCGACAAAAUAAAAAUCGUCUAAAAAAUAUCAAGUGCCAUGUUUCAUGUCAAGAGAAACUGAAUUCCGAUAACAAUAAACUCAAGUCUCAGAUUCAAGUUUUGGAAAUGCAAUUAAAGCAAGUAAACAAGUCAAUCUAUGAUCUGAAUAGAAAAACUAUACCAGAUAACCAACAUCAGGCUUAUGUGCAAAAAGUUCGACGAACAAAGGAUAUUUUAGAAAAUCAGCUUGAAGUAAACGUCAAGCGAGAAUGUAACUUCACAGCUUCGAAUCAGCUACUUCGAGAAGACGUUGUUCGAAUGAUUAAUUUUAGGGCGUUCUUUAACAGUCUCUACACCAAGAUGAUCCAACAGCUAAGAAACGACAAUAAAUAUCUAACUGAUCUCAUUGAACAUGCACAACUUACUUUUGAAAAUGGAACAAUUGUCUAUGAGAAAAUAAUUGCAAUUAAUAAAAAAGAAAUGCACGAUCGAGAAAUUAGAAAGGUUGAGAUGCAAAGUGUUACUAGAAAAACUGCCCAGGACAACGAAAACUUUGACUUUUUCGCGAAAAAGGAUAAAAAGCGUGAACUAUGUGAUCUUGAACCAAGGGAAUACAAAAGAAGAAAUAUUUUUAAAAAGGCCCAUGGGAAAAAGAUCCGACUUUACAAAAAUGUUUUGAAUAAAAUUCUCCAACACUCAAAUACCCAAGCUAUUGAGAAGGUUAUCGAGAACUUUCAGGAGCAAGAAAGUCUUUAUUACUCCUAUUUUAACUUUGCCAAUGAGAAAAACUACCACAUUACUAGGCUGGAUACGAGUUUGAAUGACCUAUAUCAGCACAUUGAAAACCUUCGGACGCGAAACAAAAACACCUUAGACAACCAACUCGAGACUAUAAUUGACUUAGAGAACAAAUUAAAAAAUCAACUAAAAACUAACAAUGAUUUAGAGGAAAAGAGGAAAAUUUGUGACAAGACCUUAUCAGGAUUCUUUAAGGAAAUUCUUGGUGUAAUAAUGCUUUGUCGAGCUGAUGUAACGCCAUUGCAAAAUCUUCUGGGCGAUCACUCCAAAAUCAGUGCAAUUAAUGUGAAAGAAUUUUUACAAAUUCUCGAAAAGCGUUUGAAUCAGAUCGUGGCUAGGGUUUUCAUUCUGCAAAGAAGGGAUCCAAAGAUUAAACCUGGUCAUUACAUAGUUCGUAAUCUUCAGAAAAUGUUAGAGCAACCAACAGACCCGAACCAUAUCGUACUGACACAACAAUGUCCCGAAUGUGCCGAAGGAGAAGCUGUAAAUACGGAUGGUAAGGAUUGUGUGAUAGAGACGACAAAAGAAAUCCAAAAGAAAUUGCAUGAAAAGGUCGUGCAACCGGAAAUGCAAUAUCGUUUGCAUAGCUUAAGCGAAUGCCGAUUGCAACGCUCUAGAAUGUUAGCAAGCAGUAAAUUAAAUUGAAUUUAUAUUGGUUUUUAGAUUCAUUUUUAUUUUCAAAAUUCAUGAAAGAAAAAAUAGUAAAACAUUUCGAGAUUUUUAUUUUUAUUUUUUGUUUAAUAAUAAAGAUGGCGUUUUGGUCUGGAAUCCUUUAAAUCGAAAAAUUUA